AUGUCCGACACGCCAACCCCACCGAUCGAAGACCAUACCGUUCACGAACCUGACACCGCCGACGAGCAACCCCAACUCAAGCUCACCAUCCACCACCGCAACACCGCACACACUCUCACCCUCCCAGCGAACGCCACCCUCCACGACCUCACCCUCCACCUCGAAACCCACCUCAACAUUCUUCCCUCGCACCAAAAACUCCUCAUCACCCCUCCCCCGCCCCGCAACCUCAUCCCAGGCACACUCAAACCCCCCCUCCCUUCCUCCCACGCCGCCCUCCCCCUCACCACCGCCCUCCCGCUCACCUCCCCACGCUUCAAACUCACCGUGCUGGGCUCCCCCAACCCCGAAAUCACGGCCCUAAACGCCCAAGGCGCCGACCAAGCCGCGCGCGAACGCCUCCGCCGUACCACCCACGCCAAAUACGCCGCGGCCGCCACCCCCGCCGCCGUCGCAUCCUCCCUCUCGCGCGUCCACACCCUAUCUUCUGGAAGUGCUGACGAACAGUACACCUUCCACAAACUCCUCCCCCUUCCGCACCUCCCCAACCCACAACGCAGCCACGACUUCCUCGCGCGCCUCCGCGACGACCCCGGGAUCCGGUCUGCGAUGCGCCUGCAUAGAUUCUCCGUGCCCUUGCUCACGGAGAUGGACCCCAUCGAGCACACGACGGCCCACUCGCGGACGCUGGGGCUGAAUAGGAAUAAAGGCGAGGUGAUCGAGUUGCGGCUCCGCACGGAUGCCUAUGAUGGGUACCGCGAUUAUCGGACGAUCCGCAAGACGCUGUGUCAUGAGUUGGCGCAUUGUGUGCAUAGUGACCAUGAUCGGUUGUUUUGGGAGUUGACGGGGCAGAUCGAGCGGGAGGUGGAGAGGGGGGAUUAUACGAGGAGUGGGCGGGUGCUUGGGACGAAUAGUAGGGGAGCAGGGGGAGGGGUGGUGGAUGAGUUCUAUAAUCCCGGGGAGUGGGAGGAGGUGCAGCGGGACGGGUUGGUGGUUGAUGAGAAGGGGUGGACGGGGGGGAGCUUUGUUUUGGGGGCGGAGAGGGGGUCUGAAGGUGAAGGGGGGAGUAGGAGUCAGGCCACUCGGGGAGGAAGUAUGAGGGAGAUUUUGGCUAAAGCGGCGGAAGAGAGGAUGAAGAGGGAGAGGGAGAGGGAUGGGAAGUAG